AUGACGAAAUCAAGUACCACAUGCAAGAUCAAGGAGUCGUCGAUGCCUUCGUCUUUAAUAGGAGAACCACUUCAAUUUCAACCACCACCAGACUUGAGAACUGAACCUCGGCGAGGAAUCACGGGGGUCGUCCACAGAGACAGCGGUGACCUUAUCGUCACCUUCGCGGAAUGGGUAGAGGCCCAGCAACUAGAAAACCUAAGAGAAAUCAACGGGAUCCAGAUCCAAGUUGAAGCCUGCAUAGAAGACAACUUGAUCCCUUUUAUAACACCCUCAAAACCCUCUGUAACACCACCUGAGAAUCACAACAAGUCGCCACCUGCUGAUCUCUUACUCGAAGAAGGUAAUUUCCCCGGAGACUCGCCAACGGUGCGCCAAAUCCCGCCAACGUGGCUAUUUUCCCCCUCCUUGUCCUCCGCCCAGCCUCCAGAUGUUAGCCCCGUUGACCUGUCCCAAAGCCCCCAGCGCACUCUGUCCUCCAGAUGUUACCUGCUGACCUGUCCCAAAGCCCCCAGCACCCCUCCCCCUGUCCUCCGCCUAGCCUCCAGAUCACACCCCCACUCGUCGCAAUUCAUUGGAUCACACAUGUUGACAUUGGUGGUCCGGGAUCCAGGAAAGAUGACGUCACCCAGCAGAUUCCACCCACUUACCAUCCUCGCUCUGCUAUUGGCUGUACAUGUCGCUAGCCCCGCCCCUACACACACGAGAUCAGUGCGAGGCGCGUCCUCCGUUGUGCCACAGUCAGCCACCUCCCAGCCCAGUUGGCACCUCCUGCUGGCACUGUGGCGUCCUAAAGAGUACGUCACACCCACAGGGGAGGGGGAGUCCACGGGGGAAGGGCUGCCCACCUCGGUGGUGUCCGGCACGGUGCAGGUCACACCCACCAAGGAGGUCCUCACCACUAGUGCCAAACCUUCUGAAGGUGAUGUGCAGCCCACAAGAGAGUCUCCUGCAGGAACUGUGGCGACGAGGGAGGACUUGUUAGAGAGACAAGCUCACGCGACGAGACACUUUCCCCCAGCGGGCUAUGUCGCAGGGUCGAGUGUGUCCCCUUCCAGAGAGGCCUCGACUCCCCCACCUCAGGCAGCAGAGACCGGCCAGCAUGAAGGGUGGUCAAGCAGCACACAACCUCCUGCAACACCACAACACAACACGACGCCGCAACACUCAGCGGUUGAUAGUCUGCCUCAGCAACGCCCCGCUCAAGACACAGGGACAAUGAGGGACGAGUCGGAAGUGGAGGAAGACACACCCAAACACUCGCCGCCUCUGUUUCGGGCGAGGAGUUUAGGUACUGAUGAGGACUUUGGGGAAAUAACUGUGGCCACCACACUCAAGACUUCUGUUGGGGAAGGGAAAGAGGAGUCGUCUAUGGAAGAAGCCCAAGAGAGCCUCACCGUGCACAACACUGACGGUCUGGUGGGCGUCGUUAUGCCAACGUCGGUCUCGGCCGCCCCAGGGGACCUCACCACUGUCACACACUCUCUUGACGUGAGGGAGCAUAUUGAUGUUGCUCACCCGGCCAUCACUGGCAGACAGAUACUGAAGCAGACGUCAUCUAGUGAAGCAGUAGGACAACCCCACUCCGCCCCUGAUGACGCCGCCAGCACCAUAGCACCGCCGCUGCCUGACGAAGCUACAAAUGAGGACCAUUUCUUCAUGCAUCCGCUAACAAGGCUUCGAGAAAAUGAACAAGAGUUCAGAGAGGAAACACCACAACACACCAACGUUGUGAUCACCUCCAACACCUCCCACACUCUGAGUCCUGUGGCGGAUCACCACCAACAACAGCAGCAGCAGCAGCAACAACAACAAGAUCAACAGCAGCAGCAACAAGAACAACAGCAGCAGCAACAAGAACAACAGCAACAAGAUCAACAAGAACAACAGCAACAACAAGAAUACCAUCCUACUGAGAACAACAAGAGGCAGGAAGACUAUCCUCCCCACCACAGCGAGAGAGGCCGCAAGGUCCUACAUUUCCAGGGUCCUGUAGUGAUGGAGACCGUGGAUGAGCCAUCUCUGGUGCCACUCGUCAGCCAGUCCAAGGAAAUUCUCACCUUAAAGGAUGAUGAAAAAGCCAUCCUCGCCCUGCUGAGAGUUGCCCAAGGACCCAACAGCCUCGAGGACCCCUUCCAGGUCAACUCUAUCAUCCAGACCCACGACCAGGUGACCUCGAUCACUGAUGACCUCUCCACCGUCAUGUCUAUCCUCCACGAGAACGACACGCACACCACAACACAAAACACUAACACCACAACGCACAACUCUAACACCACAGCACACAACUCUAACACCACAACACACAACUCUAACACCACAACACACAACUCUAACACCACAACACACAACUCUAACACCACAACACACAACUCUAACACCAACACCGAGACAACAGAUGAGGUAAGGUUCGUUGAGGACGAUAACGACCCGAGACUGUUGAUGAAGAAAGACUCGAAAUCCUUUGACAGUCGGAAGUCUGUGAACGCUCUCGAUACCCACGACAAAGAUGGCGGUGUGUCUGAGAGCAGCGUGGACAACGACGGCACCACCAAGGACAGCGGCAUGACGACAGCGAAGCCCAUCUACGAGGAGAUCUCCGACACGCUGAAGGUGGACACAAGUAUAGACGACGUGGAGGAUUUCGACGUGCAGGUCAAACACACGGAACACACCGAAGACUUCCUCCCGACCACCAACCAGUCUCACCCGAACUUUAUAGACGCUACGCUGCACAGUCAACACCCAGACCCCCAGCAGGAAGCUCUCCCUCCAGCAGGUAGCAGUAGUAGUGACGUCACCUCCACAACCUCCUUGUCCUCCAUCACAACCACUGUAUCAACAACCAACAACAACAACACCAGCAGCACCACCACCACCUCACAGCAACAACAAGCACCUCAGUUAUCGUCAACCUCACACUCCUUCAGCGAGUACCCGAGUCACUACCCACCCAGGAUCAUCGUCAGGCCAGAGUCUGAGGACGCCAACACAACCACCACGACCUCUACAGCAGGCGACGACGGUGAAGACGACAAUAACGGGUGGUCGAUGUUCGUGGCUAACAUCUCCGGCAUCCACAACUCGUCCUUGUCGCUGAACGAGUCCGUGUUCCAGAAGGUCACCGGCAUAAGUAUGGACGAGCAUUAUAAGAUGGUGCUACACGAGCGAGGCAGCUUGAUGCUACAGUUGAUGGACCCGUCAGCUGACCCCUGUGACGACUUCUAUCAGUUCGUGGGAGAUGGAAUGGCAAGUUCCCCAUCAGACAAGACAAGGUGGGCCGUGGACAACACCUUCGAGAGGCUGAAGGAGGACCUCGACGACGUGCUCAGGUCCCUACUGGAGGAGCCGCCCCUCGACACUGACAACAACAUUACCAAGGCCGUCAAGAUUCUCUACUCCGGCUGUAUGAACACGGAAGCUAUAGAGGAGCUGGAGGCCAAACCCUUACUGGACCUACUGAAGGAGUUCGGGGGGUGGCCGGUACUGGAGGGGGACGCCUGGAACGACACGGGUUACGACUGGGUCAGACAGAUGGCUCACCUCAGGAACUACAACAACGACAUCCUCAUCUCCGAGUGGGUGGCGGCCGACAUAACCAACUCCUCUAACCAUAUUAUUCAGAUUUUGACAGCGGCUGAGGAAAGGCGAAACCUAUCAGCUGUCCACCGUCGCAUGACCAUCGAUGACUUGAAUGACCAGGUGCCUGAGAUCGACUGGGAGGUUUACCUGAAUAUGAUCACCUGGAGGAACAACAGCACGGAGGAGCUGGUGGUGUUUGGCCUCGAUUCUUCAAACUCGUCGCCCUCCUCAAGACUACUGACAACAGGUAGUGGCUCCUGGCGGUCAGCUACCUGCUGUGGCGCCGUCAAGAACAGAAUCAGUAACCUGGGUGAGAAAUACAUCAGGAUCAAGCAGGACUACAUCAAGGUGCUCUUCGGCCGCAAGAGCCAGCCGGAGAGGUGGAGGUCGUGCGUGACGUACGUGAGUGGUAACCUCGGGUACGUGGUGGGCGCCAUGUUCGUCAAGAGGUACUUCCCUGAGGCCAGCAAGAAUGACACCCACGAGAUGAUCUCCCUCAUCCGGGACUCGUUCAAGGGGGCGCUGAACGAGGCUCGCUGGAUGAACGAGGAGACCCGACAAGUGGCCCAGGAGAAGGUGGACACCAUCGUCAAGAAUGUGGGCUACCCUGAGUACCUCCUCAACAACACCUACAUGGAUAAUGUCUACUCUGAGCUGAGCUUCAACAGGGAGACACACUUCAGGAACGUGCUCAAGAUGCUACAGUUCCACGCUCGCACCAACCAUAACCUGCUGUCUGUUCCCGUCAACCGUACUGCCUGGGUCACCUCCCCCGCCGUCGUCAACGCCUACUACAGCAGGUCCAAGAAUAUGAUAGUGUUCCCGGCAGGCAUCCUUCAGCCACCCUUCUACCACCCCGCCUUCCCCCGCUCCCUCAACUAUGGCGGCAUCGGGGUCGUCAUAGGUCACGAGAUCACCCACGGUUUCGAUGACCGCGGCCGACAGUUUGACAAGAACGGCAACCUGCAGCAGUGGUGGACCCCAGAUGAUGUGUCCAAGUUCUACCAGAGGGCAUCUUGUAUGUUGGACCAGUACGGAGAAUACAAGGUUGAUGACGUGGGCCUGAAGAUUAACCCCGUCAAUACUUUGGGGGAGAACAUUGCUGAUAACGCUGGCAUCAAGAUCUCCUAUCAGGCGUAUCAAAACUGGCGUAAGAACAACGAAGAGACGGUGACGAUGCCCUACGUUAACCUUACCCACGAGCAGCUCUUCUUCCUCAACUUCGGUCAGAUCUGGUGUGAGGUGAACAGUCCUGAAGCCAUGCUGACGAAGAUCCGCAGCGGUCAGCACUCACCUAAUAGAUUCAGGGUUAUUGGAACGCUCUCGAAUUCAGAUGAGUUCAGCGAAGCCUUCAAAUGUCCAGUCGGAAGUCGGAUGAACCCAGUACGAAAAUGUCGAGUAUGGUGAAGUGGGUCGACUAACACCAUGACCUUGUUGAUCUGUGGAGGAGGAGGAGGAGGUGACAUAGAUAAACAUGAAUUAGUAGAAGAAGGUGAGACAGUGAAAGAUAAAGGUGAGGAAGUGAGAGAGGUGAGUGUUACUGAGGAAAAGCCAUACAGUAUACAUAGUGACUUGUGUUGAUAUUGACGAUAGGAGGAGGAGGAAAGGGGGGAGAAGGAGAGGAAGAAAGGGAGGAGGGAGAGGAAGAAAGGGAGAAGAAGGAGGAGGUAGAAAAUGAGGAGGAGAUAAAGAUGAACAAGAACAUAAUCUGGAAGUUAAAGAAUAUGAAAGUGUAAAUGACGAAGAAUUGGAAGAAUAAGAAAGAGUUAAGGGGAAGAAUGGAGAGAAGAAGGAAGGUGAAGAAAAACUACAGUUAAAAGAAGAAUAAGAAGAAAUGGUGAAGAAAAAUAAUAACAUCAAUGAGAAGAAGAAUGAAGGAGAAUGUGGGAAAGAAGAAGAGAAUAACAGAAAGCGAAAGAAAUAUCACAUUUUGUUUGCAUUGUUUACCUGUCUGUCUGUCUGUCUGUCUGUCUGUGUGUGUGUGUGUGCAUCUCUUCAGGUAGAUAUAGUAGAUUCUGUUCGAGUGUGAAGGAAGGUUGCGUGAGUCCCUUUACACCACAGCUCGAGGGAGAAAAGAGUGUGAGUGUUGGGUGCGUUAAAUUAAGACGAGUGUUAUAACAAUCAGCUAAGAGUGCGUGGAGGCUAGAGUACUUUGGGAAAAGAGUAUGUAGGCUCUAGAGUUCGUAUAGAUGAGAGUGCGUGGGCAGUUCUAGAACCUGUGGAUGUUAGAAUGCAUAUAAGCGAGCCAAUCAGAGUGACUAGGAGUGAGAGUACGUGAGUAGAGUGCAAAAACCACAUAUUCCAUCGUGUAACUCAGAGUGCGUGAGAGUGAGAGUGCGUGAUGAUGCCACUGCCAAAUAAAUCAUACAGAGAAAGGAAAGAAAGUGAGUGAAUAUUGAAAAGGAUUAAAAAAAAUGAAAGGGAAAAGAAGAAAGAUUAUAACGAUGACACAAAGGGGAGUUACACAAGACAUAAGUGAAAACAAAAGACGUUCACACAAAGAGAAUUCGGAUCCUCCCUUUGUGAGAGUUAUUCCCAUCACCUUAUAGUGUUUUAUGGAACUUUAAUGGGAUCGAAUCGUAUCAAGAGAGGAUUGAAACGUAAGAAGAAAAACUUAAAAGUGACUUAGAAAUGAGACAAUGGAACUUUAAUUGGAUCGAAUCGUAUCAAGAGAGGAUUGAAACGUAAGAAGAAAGAAUUAAAGUGACUUAGAAGUGAGAUAAGGAUAACAGAUGUUUCUUAGUGAGUCACAACAACGAUUAGCAAUAGAUGGUUAUGCUACCUGUGUCCGUCACCUGUGAGUGUCGUGUGCGUCAUCAUAGCCACGUAUACAGAGGUGAAGUGGGAUACCUGUGUAGGUCACUUAAUUACCUGGCAAGAUGUAAGGUUAGGAUUACACCUGUAUAAGCCACUUGUGUUUAACUUGUACAGGUGAUAUAGGGGAAGAUAACACCUGUUCAUCACCUGUUCCAAUUAGUACAUGUGCCGAGUGAACUUGAACCUCCCCCCCCCCCUCCCCAGUUAAUCAGUGUGUUGUCAUGUUCAUAGUUAAGCCUCUAGCAUAAAAGAUGUUCACUCUUGUUCAGUCAACUUAUGCUCAAUUGUUCAGUCAAUUUCUCCCAUAGUUCCCAGUAGAGUUGCCGCCGCCCUGACCCAACACGAUGAGGUCAAGACUGUUUGGUGAGGUCAAGACUGUUUGGUGAGGUCAAGACUGUUUGGUGAGGUCAAGACUGUUUGGUGAGGUCAAGACUGGUGAGGUCAAGACUGUUUGGUGAGGUCAAGACUGUUUGGUGAGGUCAAGACUGGUGAGGUCAAGACUGUUUGGUGAGGUCAAGACUGGUGAGGUCAAGACUGUUUGGUGAGGUCAAGACUGUUUGGUCACUCAGAAAUAAUGUGGAUGUUUUAUAUGGAUGAUAAUUUAUAUACUUUUAUGAUUAUAUGAAAAUUUAAAGGGAAAAUAAUGAAUUGUGUUGAAAAGUUGUGAGUAUACAAAUUUAUUUAUAUAUAAUUUGUAGAAAAAUCCAUUUAAAUUGAUGAUGAAAAACAGUGUUGCCGGUGAUGAAAGAAACAGUAUUACCAGAGACGAGGAAACAGUAUUAUUAGUGAUGAAUAAAGCAGUGUUGCCAUUGAUGAAAGAAUCAGUAUUACCAAACAUUGAGGCACCACCCACCCCGUCAACCACUUACAAUAUCACUCAAUAUCUUUAGAAAAAAUAAAUAAAAUUUCUUAAUCGAUGUUACUAUAGUAUUUCCAUAAAUAUCAGUGGUCGAUAUAUAGAUAUAUAUAUAUUAUAUCAGAGCAUUAUAGUUACCUGUAAUUACUUAGAGUUUACCUGUAGAAUUGUACGUGCGCGUGUUGGCUCACUUUGUCAACAAGAAACAGAAUUUGAGAUUUAAAGUAUACAGUACCUGCCGUGUGCGUGUGUUAUGUUAGUGAUCCUGUGGCCAAGUCCUCAGAGGACCUUAAGGUAAAAGUAGCCCCAGAAAUGCAUUUAAAGGGAUGAGUUCAGAACUUAUGGUAGCCAAGAUGGCGCCAUUACUGCACUAAGACUCUGUGUACCGGCUGGAGGGGGGUUCCUUAAGAGUCUCUGAGGUCCAGAACUUCGGGUUUAUGGUGAAUUAUGGUGUGUUGUCGUGUUGUUUAAAGAGGGGCAGAGCUUUACUGGAGAGGGGCUGAACCGUAAAAGAGAGGGCAGAGCCUUACUAGAGAGGGGCUGAGCCUUACUACAGAGGGGCAGAGCCUUACUGGAGAGGGGCUGAGCCUUACUAGAGAGGGGCUGAACCUUACUAGAGAGGGGCUGAGCCUUACUAGAGAGGGGCUGAGCCUUACUAGAGAGGGGCUGAACCGUAAACGAGAGGGGCAGAGCCUUAAAAGAGAGGCCAAGGGCUGAGCCUUACUUGAAUGCGUCAGCCUUCAGCAUCAUAUUGUUGUUGUUCAUCUGAUACUCUAUGGUCAUACUAACACUGUACCCUGACCCCAACUCAGUCAAACCUAAGUUGAUUUUAACCUAAUCUACCUUUUACCUAACCUAACCCAACCUAACCUAAUCUACCUUUUACCUAACCUAACCCAACCUAACCUAAUCUACCCUUCACCUAGCAUAACCUAACCUGACAUAAAUAAACCCAAACCUGACCUAAACUACCUCUGAACACAACCAAACCAUAAUUUUUUGGGUACCAAUAGUCGGUUUCGGAUUCAGAGAUUAGUUCGACUCCUAAUUCGAACCCGAGUGAAGCCGCCAAACCGGUAGAACGAAACAUUACUAAUAGACACCAAGACGCCUCCUAGAUCGAGUCAUCUUAUACAUUCUGAAAUUCACAAAAAAUUUACAUAAUUUUUCCCCAAAAAACUGAGAGAGAGAGAAGAGAAUACAUCAAAUUAUGAUAGAGUAUCAGUGUAAUUUUGACGUCAUCUUAACAUCAAACUCUUAAUUCCAGGAACCAAUUAGAUGUGUUAUCGUGUACCCAGGUGUUAGAGGAGGGGUGUACCCAGGUGUUAGAGGUGGGAUUAUAUUAGUCUUUGAAAGGUAUUUACGAGCUCACAGAACAUGCUAGACCCUGGAUUCGUUGUAAUUGGCGAAUAAUUUGUAUUUUGGCGUUGUAAUUGGCGAAUAAUUUGUAUUUUGGCGUUGUAUUUGGCGAAUUAUUUGUAUUUUGGCGUCGUAGCUGGCGAACAAUUUGUAUUUUGGCGUCGUAGUUGGCGAACAAUAUGUAUCUUGCGUCGUAAUAGUGAUUUAUCAGUAUUUUGGCGAUAGAACUGACGAGUUUGACUACACAUUGAAGAUAAGCAUAGAUAAAGGUAACAGUGAGUGUGAUAAGAGAACUGUUUCAGAUUAUUUCGUCUCGUGCCAAACAGGGUCGUUGUGGUGGCCAAACUCCAACCAGAUUCUCAAAGAGUCUUUCAGCCUGUCUCAUCACCUAACUGACUGGCUGGGAGAUUUGAGAACGUAUCUAACUGGCUAACAAGGAUACGAAGAUGACUGGGAAACCAAUAUGGCGUAUAAAUUACCUUGAGACUAUCAUAAUUUUGGUAGUAGAAAUGGUGUUACAAUAUCAUAAGUCUUACUUGAUUUAAGGUGAAAAAAAUCUUACUUCACGAGUCUUUGAGAAUCUGAAGACAGGUUGUGGAUACUUGCCCAUGUUGUAGAUAAUUAUUAAUAUUAUUAUUAUUGUCUUAACUUAUGUGUGAUCCAACAAUUUGACCUUAUAUAUGUAUAAAUACACUGAAUAAUAAAAUGUAUUGGACA